AUGACGUUCAGCUCUGCCAUAGACACUGCCGGGGUGUGUCCCCGGUGGAACUCGCCUCCUUGUCGGUCUCAAACACAGUCCUCCAGGAACCUGUCACCGAGCAAUUUCGACCCGAGCACUUUAGCAGAGCUCCUGAGCGUGCGUGCACCAACACCUCAGCCGCCUUUCACGUUUAAAACUCACGCACUAUUCUGCUUUGCAGAGCCUGCCGCGAUGUCAUUCCCGCAGGACAUCCCCAACGUCUCGUCCUUGCCGCGCUCCCUGAUCACAGACCACGACGGCUCGCCCACGCGCUACCGGAACGCAUCCAUCGAUAGCGACCGCGCCUCCCAUGUGCGCUACUCCCCGACCCCUCAUGCAACUACAACCCCCUCGACCCCGACGUCCGCGAGCGCCAGCACACCCUCGACGUUGACACGGCCCUCCACCUAUCCCUCGCCCGUCGCGAGUCCAUUCUUACCUCCCCCGUCACAUCCACCCUCUCCCCCCGCGACCGCGAGCAUGAAGACGCCCGCGGCCGUGGCCCCGACACCUCCGGCAUAUUCCCCAGUCUCUCCCUCGCCCGCGGCGCGCCCCCGAGGACAUAUCGACGAGGCCGGCGGGGCCCACCAGCGCACCCUGACCCCAGAGGACCUCCGCAUGCGCCACCUCAGCCAGGACCACAACCCGUCUCUCCUUGUCUCCCUCGACCAUGACCGCCGCUCCGACCUCGCCCUCCCCAUGUACCAGGCCGCGCUCAUUCAGGACCACUCCGAUUCCAACUUUGGCCCCACAGAAGAAUUUGCCGCCGAGAAGGCGCGCCUCGGGCUCUCGGACUCUUCCCAGAACGGCAUCCGCCGCUCAUCCGUCACGGCGCAUCGCAGGGGAACACGCCUGAGGGCGCAGCGGAGGGUAGCGCGGGCUUGCCUGACUCGCUGUUCCCCCUCCGCCGCUCGGCGCGCCAGCGCAAGCUCAGCCACAGCAACGCCGCGCCGCGUCGCCAGGGCCGCAAGAUGGCGCUCCUCGAGGGCUCAGCGGGCGCCUCGCCCGCAUCGCUCGCGCGCACGACGCACCCCUGCGUGA